CACAAGCUGUCAACAUUGAUGGACACAACCUUUUGUCGAAGAGCGUUUCUAAAAUGGCGACCAGCGCCGAAGAAAACUGUUAUGACGACCCAAACUUUGCGGUGAUCUGUUCGUUCGUACUGAAUUUCGGUGAAUUAUGCGGCGUCAACAUCUCCAUCUCCGAGCUGCAGUCUAUGCUGGAGGAUACCAAAAAUGUGGACGAGACCCUGAUAGACCUGCACGUCCACCUUUUGAGGAAAGCAAGUAGGAGGGUGCAGCGUGACCGUUGGGAAAAAGCCCUCAUCAAGUUCUGCCACCAGGGGUCCAACGUGGAUGGCUGGGAGCUGGAACGCUUUGGCUACCGCAAGGCCAAGCUGUCCGUGAAGCUAGCGGUGCUCAAGCGGCUGCUCGAGUUGCAGUUUGAUGCCAACAGCAAGUUCAAGGCAGAGCUAAACAAGCAGGAGGCGGAUGUGUUGCGGCUGCAGCCCAUUGGGCGAGAUGUGCGUGGCCACCUCUACUGGCUGCACCGAGACCCACAGCUCAACUUGCGCCUCUACCGUGAGCACCCUGAUGAUGAAAACUCCUGGAUACUUGUCUCUCGGACACGAGAUGAGCUGGCGAAGGUUAUCGCUGACCUCGAGGGCAGCUUUUCGGGGGUCAAGAAGGAAGAGAGCUCCUCCAUGGACAGCGAGACAGGCGAGAGUAACCUCACUGAGCCAGACGGUGCUAAGACGGAGGAAAAACCAGGCUCGGGGCUACCAGACGAUGAAAAGCCUGCCGUGACGGACACAGGGCAACCGCCAUCAGUAAAAAACGAAGAGCCUCACCACGAAGAAACUCUUUCUGUAACCCUUUCUGCAUGUGGUACAACCGACCAGACUACCUUCCCCAGGCUUGCCAUUAAAAAAGAGCUGGUAGAAAACAACACCUUGGAAGACGCUUCAAAGUCUCAUAAAUGUAAGUCACCGUCAGAAGUUGAGAUGGUCCACGUGAACAGCGAGAAGGCCGAAAUUCAUCAGAAUGACAUCUCUGAGUGCCCACCAGGAGAGAGUGGCCAAGAGCUAAAGAAGUCCACUCCACAUAGCGAGGACAUUUCAAAAGACAAGAAAGAUGACAUCGACGGCAAGAGAGAUGAUGUUGCCAGCAAGACAAAAAAGCCGUCUGCAGUUGAGCAAAGCAACGCUGAGGAUUUGUGCAUGCGAGCCACAGCCGAGGACGGUGAAGUCAGGCCACCUUGCAAACCUUCAUCGUCGCCUCAAAAUCGAGCGCACACUUUUGCGAAUCGAAGUGCACCUUCGUUGCCCGACAAGCCAGCCGCCACUCAUGGGUUCGGAAAUGCCAACGGGAACGGCGCAGUCGUGGUGUUGGAGUCUCUCCCCUGUGACCUCUCGGUCGUUCACCGAGAGGAGCCAAGCGUUCCCACAGAUGACCAGCCCUCCUCCUCGGAAGUGCUCCAACCAGCGGAGGUCAGGCGGGUUGUCGACGUCGGUGCUGAGGACUUGCGAACCGGCGAGAAGCCGGAGGAAGUGCACAUAUCUGAAAAGAACGGUCAGCCAGAGUCGCCCAGCAGCAUUCCAUACGCGCACGAGAACAGCUGCCACGCUCCUGUGGUGUCGUCGACAACAACAAACCUUCGACAUGUUGAUGCUGUAGAGCAGCCACUGGCCCUUGACCUCACUAGGGUAUUGCCAGAAGCUUCCACGGUCAAUGCAGUAUUGCCAGCUAUUUCAGCCUCCCAGGUUUUGAGCACAACUGGCGAACAGCCAAGAAGCAGUGAGGCAGACAAUGCUACUGCAGCCCAUGAUACUUCUUCUAAGCCAUCUUCAGCUCUUGGAGACAAAUUAUUAGCUUCACCAUCUUCACCCAGCCUUUAUGCUCACACGGCAGGAGCAGAAACUUCUGUGCUUAAAUCAGAUGUCAGGGGUGCAACUGGUGCCAAGGGUGUAGUGCUUCCUGUGUCAUCUGGUGUUGGUGAAGAAAGUUUGCAGCACGCCACUGAGGCAGUGACAGCAAGGACGCAUGGUGGUGUUGCGGAGAGUUCUACUGAUACAGUGCCGUUAAGGAAUCUUGAAUUUGACAAGCCAAACAGGACUGAACAAAGCAGUGAAAAGGAACAUGUUCUAAAUGUUGAAAAGUCAACUAGUGGUGCAAAGCUUACUGAUGGGGGUUUCGAGAAGAUCAGUAAGAAAACUUCAUUUCUAGGGAACAAAGGCCAUUCGGGGAAAGUCCUUCCUGAACAUCACUCAGUGGGGACACCUCAUGAGAAGUUAAUGGACACAGUAGGAACCACUGAACCAAUAUCAUUGGUGCCAGCAGCCUCAGAUACAGAAACAAGUGCUAAGCUUUCAGCUUCAUCUCCUAUUGCUGAUAUUGAAGAAAAGGGAAGCGCCACUGUACCAGCGUCGGCUGUGAAAACAAAGUCCUCUGACAACCAUUCGUGCAGUGAAGGGAAGGAUGUUGCUAGCAGCAAAAGUGCUGUUGUCAGCUCACUGUUAAAAGACGGCACACCAAUCAAGACAGUUGAGGAAAAGCCUGAUGCAGUCUGUGACACAGUGCUAGGAGCGACCCCUAGUUCUUCUAGCACAGCUCUACUGAAGCCAGCAAAACCGCAGGAAGAUGCAAAUGAUCACAAGAACAUCUGUGGUGUUGCCGCCAUCACCAGCAGGAAAAAGCACUGCAGCAGCACCCCAGAAAAGGGUGCUACUGAGGGUGCGGGAGAUGGCAGAGCUCAUCAUUCCUUCAUUGAGGGUGAUGUUGCGAAGGCUGGUUCCACCAAGGCAGCUUCUGAGAAGACAUUCAUAGAAGAUAGCGAAGAGAAGGCUGUGUCUAGUAAGUGUGUGGAAGCCAAAGAAAGUUUUGCAGAUUUUAAGAAGGGCAGAAGGCAGAGUAGAGCGCAGCAGUGUAGUGAGGAUUGCACUGACGGUGAGGCAGCGCAGAAGUUGAAAACUGAUGUUCCUUCAUCUGCUGGUGAUGUGACAAAGGCUGGUUCCCGUGAGGCUUCUUCUGAGAAGACAUUCAUAGAAGAUAGCGAAGAGAAGGCUGUGCCUAGUAAGUGUGUGGAAGCGAAGGAAAAUCAAAGUGAGGUGCAAGCUCAAAGCACUGACACCGUGGAGGAUAAUAAAGGCAAAUCUAUGGACACUAGUAUGGACCAAGUUCUUAACGCUGAGGGCAGCACAAAAGAGCCGAGUGAGACUGAAGGCAAGCAGGACGGCAGUGUCGAAAUCGAUAUGAAAGAUUCAGAUAACACUAGCAAAGAUGCAGAUGGCACUCCGAAAUACACAGAUAGAGAGGAAAAACAGGUUGCUGCUGGUGGAAAGAAAGAACCUAAGAGUAAACUCAAAGGUGAACAGGGCUCCAGGACUUCAACAAGGCUUAGAGGAGAUGCUGCAGCAAGGAGGGACAAGGGAAAGACAGCUAGUGAUGAAAGUGCUGCCAACUCUACACUCACCGACCAGAGCGAUGUAAUGAAGGAUGAAGCUGUCAUGGAUGAUGCACCACUUUCUACCGUGAACGAGACGGAGGCAAUGUCAGCAGCACACGACAGUUCUACAACAACACCCGCUGAUGAAGAAGCAGUGAGCACUUCACAGGCACCCACUGAGCUUGUGCAGGAUGCUUCUCCGAUAGUCAAGAAGCGCGGUGGCUGGAGAGGUCGUGGAGGUCGCGGAGGCCGCGGGAGAGGUCGGGGCAGGGGUCGUGCCGGCCGCUGGAGUCACAUUAAGCGGCGUGUUCGACCAUCAGAUGAGCCCUCGCCCAAGAAACCCCGUGAGGCAGGAGAUGACACCGGCGUGAAUGGUGACACUGCGAUACAUGCAGAAAGUGAACCCGCCCCUGCUGUCGCCUUCCGGGGCCGCGGCAGGGGCAGGUCACGAGGGGGUCGGGGUAGGGGCCGCGGUGCUUCAAGGGGGAGGGGCCGUGGCCUGACCAGAGAGCUGGGUGCGGCUGCGGCUUGCCUCCUGGGUGCACCAGAGGGCGAUCUGGCUGACGAGGACAGCCAGGGCCGCCGUCGGAGUUCGCGAAUUCAGCGGGAGCAAGAGAAGCGACUGUCGGAGUUGGCCCAGCAGAUGGCUCUGGAACAACAGCUCGAGGAGACCAUCUUGCAGGAAGAGGCUGCCGCUAAGGGGAAGGCCACACCAACCAAGAGCCCCAAGAAGCGCAGUCGUCAAGCUGACAAAGAUUACGUUCCUCCAGAGAAUAGCAAACGAAGGUCAAAGAAGGGCGAGGCCCACCAGGGCAGUCAGGGCUCGGCCAGGCGCAGUGGCAAGGCUCGUGCAGAAGAGGAAGAAGAAGAAGAUGAUGUCAAGGGCCGCAAGACCAUGAAGAAAAAGAAGAAGAAGAAGAGACGCCGUGGUGGGAAGCACGGAGGCGGCUCCGGGGUGAACGGCACAUAUCGCCGCCGGUCUUACCACAACCCCUGGGAGGCCUCGUCGGACUCAGACUCGUCCUCGCAGCUUGAGGACGAGGAGGAGCCCUAUGAGGAAGAGGCCUACGAUGAGGAUGAGGAACUGCACUUCGACGACAAUGAGGACGAGUUUGCCUGCGAGGAGGUGGACCCCAACGCAGAGGUGGUGGUGGUCAAGAGGGCGCGCACUGUCAGAAAGGCACGCACGGAAGAGGUAGAGGAGGCCAGCGGCAGCAGCGGAGGAGAAGAGAGUGAACCGGAGCAGGACGAGAAGCCCUGCGCCAAAUGCGGCAAGGGGGACCACCCAGAGUGGAUCCUCUUGUGCGACGUGUGUGAUGCGGGCUACCACACGUCCUGCCUCAAGCCUGCACUGAUGAUCAUCCCAGACGGCGAUUGGUUCUGCCCACCGUGUGAUCACAGGAAGCUGUGUGAGAAGUUGAUGGAGGAACUGAAGCUCUACGACACUCUGUCCAAAAAGAGGGACCGGGAAGAGCUGAGAAAGCAAAGGCUGGCCUACGUCGGCAUCAGUCUGGAUAACGUGCUGAAACCGGAGAAAAAAGAGGAAGAAGUGUCUGCAGCAGAGGAAGAUUAUGAAGAGGAUGAUGAAGAGGAUGAAGACAGCCGCAAGCACAUGCUGCUGACCAAGCGAUCAUCGCGCAAGCGCAAGGCCAUCAGCUACCGGUUCAAGGAGUACGACGAGAUGAUCUUUCAGGCAGUGCAGCCAGACAUUGUGGCUGCUGAAGAGUGUGCCAAAGCAGUCCGUGCUCCAGGAGUGAGCCGGGGCAAAGACAUGUCCAACCUUCUGGGCCCGGAUGACGAAGACGAAGAAGAGGAGGAGGGCAAGGACGACGAUAAGGACGACGAAGACUACGAAGACGAGGAGAAGCGGGCGGCCACGGGCGGCAAGAAGAGAAAGAGGGCUCGGAAGCUGACCAGCCUAGACUUCACCUCUGAGGAGGAGGGUGACGACGAGACUGAUGAGUACCAGGGCUCUAGUGCAAGCCAAUCAGAAGCAAGCGCGUCAAGUGCGAUGAGUGACGGCCCCCCAUCAUCGGGCUCGGACUGGCAAGCGAGCUCGAGGUGUCGACGUCGUGGUGGGGCUGCUCCUUCCCGCAAAAAAGGGAAGACUACCCGCUCUGGCUAUCGUCGAGAUGACUUCGUGAUGGAUGAUGACUACGAGUCGGACAGCGAUGGUGGCUAUGGCACCAGGCGUGCAGCUACCAAGCAAGUCAACUACCGGGAGCUCUCUUCGGACGAUGAAGAGGCUGCUCCCGUAGGUGAAAAAGAGCAGGCUGGAACCAGUGGCCAUGCCGACGAGCGGAAGAGAGUUCGGGAGCCCUUGUAUGCAGACGUCGAAGAGGCACUCUACCAGUGGUUCUUGUCGAUCCGUGCCCAGAAUGUGCCGAUUAGUGGGCCAAUACUUGCCACAAAGGUGAAAAACUUGGGCUUUCUGCUUGGUCGGCCGAAUUUCAAACCCGGCGGCGGCUGGAUACAAAGAUUUAAAGAGCGGCACGGCAUUGUGUACAAGAACGUGGUGGGAGAAGCGGCCUCUCUCGAUUCAGAGGCAAAGCAGCAGUGGCUCCAGACCAACCUGCCCGUAUUGAUGGAGCGCUUCUCAGCCAGAGACAUUUACAACUGUGAUGAGACUGCCCUUUUCUUUCAAAUGACACCAUCGAAGACGCAUGCUUUGAAGGGCGAUCUGUGUCCCGGCGGUAAGCACUCCAAGGUUAGGGUAACCGUAUUACUUUGCGUGAAUAUGGACGGGAGCCAUCGGCUCAAGCCCUUCGUGAUCGGGCGAUCCAAGAAGCCUGUGUGCUUCAGGAAUCAGCACAUCCCGGUCCGCUAUAGGAGCAACAAGAAGGCCUGGAUGACCCGUGUCUUGUUCGAGGAGUGGCUGCUCGAGAUGGACAGUGUCAUCGAAAGUCAGGGGCGGAAGGUGGUGUUGCUGCUUGAUAACUGUAGCGCACACAACGUGAGCCCGAAGCUGACAUCAAUUGAAUUGAUGUUCCUGCCGCCGAAUACGACGGCAGGCUUGCAACCGCUAGACGCCGGCGUGAUUGCUAACUUUAAAGCGUUGUACCGGCGACGCAUGCUCGAGUGGCUCGUGUUAACGAUUGACCACUCGGCUCCCGGUACGUCGGGCAAUGCAGGCGGGCCCUCUGAUGCCCCUGAUCUGAAGAUUAGCCUUCUAAAGGCCGUGCGCUUCGUUUACGGCGCGUGGUACGAGGUGAGGCAGACCACCAUUCAGAACUGCUUCAAGAAGGCAGGCUUUGUGCGCCAGGACCAGCCUCCCUCGUCUAGCGAUAGCGACAGCGAGACCGGCACGGAAACUGCGGAUCUGGCGGAGCUCUGGGAGCACGUCGCUACUGUUGAUGCAGAUAGCGGGUGUGUCGCGUCGGUUGAGGACUUCCUGACGGCAGACAGUGCUGCUUCGUUCUGCGAUGAACUCACCGACGAGGCAAUCGUCGCGGAUGUGUUGUCGCGACAGGCGGUGGCGUUGUGCGACGGCAGCGACAGUAGUGAUGAGGAGGUUGACAGCGCCUCUACGACCCCGUCGAUGACGACACAAGGUGCACUGAUGUCUAUCGACUCCCUGAUUGACUUUAUGCACAUCAAAGGAAUGCCGCCAGAGUUUUCGCAGCAGCUGGAAGCUAUGCGCAUCGCGGUUGUGAAGCUGAAACUUCGCGGAAGCAACUGCAGAUUUCGGACUACUUCGGCUUCUAGGCGGCGCCGGGCCAGAAGCAGCUCCGAGAGUGACAAGGAGUGGCGUUGCAACAAAAAGCGGAAAGGCAAGGGCAGGCGCACUUGGCGAGCCAGCUCCACAUCCGAGGAGGAAGAGGCAGAGUUCACUGAGGAGGAGAGCUCUGACGACAACCGCAGGCGAAAAACAGCUAAGCGGCAGCCACAUUCUUCUGAGGAAGAAGAUGAAGGUCCCAGCGAGGAAGAUGACAGCAGCUCUGAAAAGAAGACAAAGAAGCCGCAGAAGGAGACCAGCAAGCCAGAAAAAAAGAAGCCAGCCCCACAGAAGCCAAAGAAGCAGCUGCGAAGCAGCUCAGAAGAAGAAGAGACGGAUGAAAGCGAGGAAGAAGAGGAGGAGAGCAGCGAUGCUGCCUCGGAUGAUGGAGAAAGGAAGUUCGCCAAGAACCGCCGCAUAAUUCGAUCUGAUGAUGAAAGUGAUGAAGAGAAAGUCAAGGAAACAGCAGAAGUUAAACCAACUACAUCCAAUAGCAAAGAGGCAUCGAAAGCAACACCUUGCGGUGCUGAGGCAGCAGGUGGAAACAAACCUCCAGCUGCGAGCACUGAGCCUGCUCCCGCAAAGCAGUCGCCUCCUGAUUGUCCCGUUACCUCGCAGCCUAAUCCUCCCCAGGAGAGUGCUUCUCUUGGCGAGGCAAGCACCAGGCCAGCGGUUGUAGCUGCGAUACAAGGCUCUCCCAACUUGAGUCGACGCCUUCUUGCAGUUCCAGAAACCCGCCGCAGUGUUUCCCCGAUGCGUUUGGCAGGUGACGAUAAGGGCUUUCCCGAAGACGAAGAGGAGGAAGACUCUAACAAGGGCUUUCCACCCGAGGAAGAAGACCUGGAGGAAAAGGGGUUUCCGGAAGAACCGUUGCCACAACCAGUUCCACCCCUGGGCAAUAGUAGGGGUCUCGCACCUCCACCAGGGCACUACCCGCCAGUUCGCCCGUCAUAUCCUUUCAUGGGACCACGGCCACCGUAUGGGCAUCAGGACCCAUAUGGAGACUGUGUGCCCAUGGACGGUGCCUAUGGGAGACCACUUGCACCAACUUCAGCGGAUCCGUACACACGUGGAUCACCCAGCCCUCCCCAGUUCACGAGCCUUGACACUCCUCUUCCUCAGCAUCCUCAUCCGCCGCCACUCCCACCUCACGGACGGGGCCGGCAUCUGACGCCCUUGGAGGGAGGCCAGUAUCGAGACCAGUACCGGCCUCCCGACACCUAUCAGCCACCCCCAGGCUACUACGGUGGAGGGCCUCCGCCACAUCCUCCUGUUGGUCCACCCGGCCCUUACCGGUACCCACAUCACCAUCCUCCACCACCGCCGUCAGGCUACCAGCACCCUCAUCCUGGUUACUACAAUCGGCCGCCCGCUUAUUAUGGGCCUCCCCCUCCUCCUGAAGAAAGUGGCUAUGGGCCACCUCCUCCUCAUCACCCCCCACCACCACAGCAGCCACCGCCACCACCAGCCCCGGGCAGUUCCUAUUCGGAAGGCCCCCCCGGCCCUGACCAGCCUCAGUGGGGGGCAGGGCCUCCACCACCCCCUGGUUCAAACCCACAAGGGCAAGAUGGCGGCUUCACCAUUACGAACAUUCUGCGGCAAAGGAAUGCUGGCGAUGGGGGAGAAGAGGACGAACUGAAGAGUGUGACGGACAUUGUGUCGUACAUCACACAAGAGUAGCGUAACAGAACUCAUCGUCCUGCAUUGUGAGAAGGAGACACCUUUCUUCAACGUCGUCAUGUGGUGUGCGUGUGUUUAUGUGCAUGGGUGCAUUCACUCUAGACUUCUCUCGCCGACUGUGAACAUUCCGGAUCAGCGGUGUCUGCAUUUGGUUGGUUGGUUUGCCCUUUCCUUGUGUGCGUGUGUGCAUGUGUGGCCGAAUGGUCUUGACACAGAGCUGAACGAGUGAGUGUGCAUACGGAACUGGGAGAGUCGAGGACUGAAUUCGGUAUGUGCAUUUUGGGCCCUGUUCGUGCGCUGAACUUCUUCAGUGAUCUAGUGUUCUAAUGCAUCUGUGGUAAGCACUUUUACAAUGAAAAGUGUCUAGAAAUGCGGCGUUGUGUCGGCCUGCCUCACUAUAUCCUGGCGGUUCUCUUCCUCAGGUUGCGGGAAAGUUUGAAAGAAAUCGAAGGCGCUGUGUCGGCCUGCCUCACUAUAUCCUGGCGGUUCUCUUCCUCGGGUUGCGGGAAAGUUUGAAAGAAAUCGAAGGGAUAUAUUGUAAAAGGCAGUUGAGGCACUUCUUUUCAAGCAUAGCCUAUGACAGGUGGUUUUGAAGAAAGUUUGCGUGCUUCAUGCACAAUGAUUGCCGCUUGCAAGAAAAAGCUGUGUAGUAGCUGCACACUAAUAUCUACCUGUUUUUAAGUCAGUGUUGUCCGUCUCGGAUUCUAAGAUUGGCAAAUGAAAGAUCCAGUGAAUGGCUUAUGAGCAGUUGUCAGUGCGUCUCAUUAUUCCUGUGUGCAUUAUGAUCUGAAACUAGCAUAUUUUUUGGCAGUACAAAUUAUUGCUUUUAACUUCAUUAAAACAAAACUAUCUACAGUCGAACCACGAUAUAUCGAACGGUGCGGCGAUCGCGAAAUAGAUCGAUAUAUCCAGAAUUCGAUAU